AUGGAGAACAUCUCGUUACUUUCUUUGCCUCCUGAAAUUUGUCAUCGUAUUUUCGAUUAUUGUGAUAGUCAAACUAUUCUACUUGCGGUCCGUGGUGUCUGCAGAUAUCUCCAUGAUAUUACUAGUACCUACAGCCGGUUCGAAUUGAAAUGUAAUCUGUCUAAAAACUCGAAAUAUGAUGUUUUAUUUCGGUUCAUUUCACCUGCAAGUAUCACUUCGUUAACUAUUGACAAUAAGUAUCAUAGUGAUGAUGAUGAUGUAAUUUCGUGUUUGACACGAAAUUUUCCUCUUAUACAAUUUACACAACUUCGCUCGUUGCACGUUGACGGUUGUAAUUAUAGUGUGAUAAAGAUCAUUUUAUCUUCAAUACCGUUUCGCUCAUUGGACGAACUUUCAAUUACUCAGAUCGAAGAACACACACGUCCUCAAGUCAUAUCGUUGGCUGCUAAGUUCAAUCUUCGCAAAUUCGUUUUCGCCAAAUCAGAAUUAACGACGAACGACAACAUUUCGUGGCCAAUCAAUUGGCAAUUGGAGUGUUUGGAAAUUGGUACUUGUAAUCUACUUCAAUACCUUUCCAUUUGCAAACGAAUACCUUCCCUACGGACGCUUGUUAUAGAAGAUUGCGUUGUUGGUGAAUACUGGCCAAAGAUAUCGAAUGGAUUAUCAAAUCAACUGAAAUCUUUGACUAUUACGAAUUGUUCCGCUUAUUUUGAAGAAUUAGAAUUGCUAUUUUCAGCGGUGCCGGCACUUACUCAUCUAGAAUUAGUUUUUGAUGAAGAUAUGUACGAAUACGGAUUAAAUGGUCAUCGUUUGGAAAGAAUACUCAAGAGAAGAUUACCAUUAUUACAUGACUUUAAGUUCUUCUUUGCCUAUCAUUACAGUGAAAAUUCCAAUAUUCAAAUUCUUGACAUCAAAUCGCUGAUACUUCCCUUUCGGUCAUCAUUCUGGCUUGAAGAGAAACAUUGGUACAUUACCUGUGAUCAUAUCUUACAAACUCGAAUGAUUAGAAUAUAUACGACACCUGUUCAAAUACGAUAUGAUAAAGGAAGAUUUUCAGAACAAGAACUACGUGAACGUAUGCGUUGGUUGAGCUCGAGUUUUUCCAGAUACGCAAUCCGACCUAUGAUAAGACGUCAAAAAAGAUCAUAUUUUCUAAUGCACUCUUCCUAUUCUUUCGCGAGAUCGAUCGUACGGCCGGAAUAUCUGACGGAUCCAAUGAUUGAUUUAGACAGAUGUGAAGUAUCAUCGAAAGAUUACACUUGUCGAUUUAUUCGAAGAUCGUUUGAAGCGCAGAUUACAGAAAAAAAUCUGACGAUGUCAUAUCCCGAGAACAUUCGUACAAAUAAUGAAAUUAUACAAGAUCUUGCUGCUGCACUGGAACACGACGAUACUUUUCUUACAUUGGAUCUGUCAAAGAACCACAUCGGAGAUACUGAAGUUGAGCAGUUUGUUAAUGCCUUGAAAUCUAAUACGACGCUGAACACAAUUGAUCUCAGCAACAAUGCAAUUACAGAUGUAGGCGCCCAACAUCUAGCUGAAUACUUAAAAUAUAAUACAAAGUUGACUGCAAUCGAUCUUAGUAACAAUGCAAUAACAGAUGUAGGAGCUGAGAUUCUUGCUCUAUGUUUAACACACAAUACGUCACUCAGAACACUUAACCUAACUGAUAAUAACAGUCAAUUUCGCAAAAUUAUUGAAGCGACUCUCACAAUGCGCACAAAUACGACACUUACUACGUUGGACAUGUCUAGCUGUGACAUUGGAGAUAUAGGUGCAGUAAUUCUUGCUGAAGUUUUAAGAUCGAAUACAAUACAGUGA